AUGCCUGCAAAGUCAGGUAUAUAUUUUACCAUAAUUGGUGUAUUCCAAUUUAUAUCGAUGGCAUUUUUAAUUAUUUGUUGUGUAACAGCCCCAGUAUUUAAGCAAAUCGGAUUAUCUAAAUAUGAAAGCAUAACAUAUGGUGUAUUUGGCUAUUGUUCAGAUUCUGAUGGUUGUUCAAAAGCAAAAGCAAGUUAUGAUCCAUAUUCUUUAACUCAAGAUAAUGAUUCAUGGAAAUUAAAUUCUAAUGCACGUAAAACUUUAGGUUCAAUUUUAAUUAUUAUGCCAAUUGCAGCAGGUUUGAAUUUUUUUGCUUUUAUCGCUGCAUUAACUUCAAGUAUAAUGUCAUUUUUCAAUUAUUCGGCAUCAUCAGGUAAUGGUAGUGGUAUAUCUGCAAUUUCAUUCGUUAUUAAUAUAAUUUUUCAAUUAAUUGCAUUUUUAUCAGCCGCAUUGAUGUGUAUAGUAACAUUUUUAUUGUUUUAUCCGCAUAUUACUUGGUGUUCAUGGUUAUUAAUACCUGCAAGUGUUUUACCUUUAUUAUCCUUACCUUUAUUAUUUUUCGCUUAUUUAUCAAAGGGUUCCAACAAUAACGAAUAUAUUGAUCAAGAUGAAAUAGGUUUAUCAGGUAACCAAAGAUUAUUGAACGUUGAGGAUUUAUACGAUAAUAACAAUGCAGGUAUUGAUCCAAUGAAUCAUACUGUAUUGCCUGAUAUUGAACAUGCUAAUCCAAUGGAGAAAAAAGAUGAUGGUUUAACAUUUGCUACACGUUCAGAUUCUGAAGAUUCGGAUUCUUCUUUAAAUAAAGAAAAAUUUAAAGUUUAUGAUAAUACCGUAGAUAAUUUAACACAACAAGAUGACAAUAACCAGAUGAAUGCUGAUGAUGAUGAUGACGAUGAGGGAAGAAAUUCACAACAACGUUUUUCGGUUAUUGAAAGUGAUACAGAUGAAACUAAAAUGCAUAAAUAUAUCCCAUCAGAAUCUUUAGGAUCGUCUGUAUAUUCUGAAAAGGAUCAUUAUUCUGAAAUUCAACCAAGAAAUAAUAAAAUUAUGCAAGAUUUUAUGAAUAAUUCAAACAGUAAUUACACUAUUCCUGAACAAUAUUCUCAAGAAGAAAAAGGUUCCGUAGUAACAUCAAUUUCAAGAAAUGGUAUAAAUAAUAAUAAUACUGCUACUGUUCCAUAUCCUGAUUCGAAUAUUUCUUCCAAUCAUGGACAAAGACAAUUUCAACAAAUGCCAAUGAAUAUGAAUUAUCCACCUCAACAAAGACAAAAUUAUAUUCCGCAACAACAGGGUCCAACUGCAUCAGAAAUUAUUAUGCAAAAUAACCCUAAUUUCUUACCAAAUGGUUCAAAUAGAAUGAAUCCAAGAAUGCAAAGACCUUAUCAACAAGGAAAUUUCCAAAAUAGAGGUUUCCCUCAACAACAAACUGGUAAUACUCAUUUUGCACCAGCAUAUAAGAGACGUAUUAAUAAUAGAGCUAACGUUUAUCAAAAUUUGAAUAAUAAUGGCUUUGGAGCUGGUGGAGCAUACAACUUCCGUUAA